GACCCAGCCUGGCAGAGACGCCAUCCAACCGUGUCCAACCAAACCUCCAUCCUACCACCUCAACAGGAACUGACGUCCCCUAUGUGCAAGUGGAUGGAAAAAAAAAAAAUGCAGCUGCAGGAAAAAUGGCUCCAAACACCGCACCGCUAAAAGGUGUUUAAGGCUUUUCUCUGCAACCUUUUGGGCCACACUGACUUAAAAGCUGUCACACACAUGGCACCUUUGAGUUGACAGAAUGGCCCAAAUAUCAAGUGGUAAUGGGUUCAAGCUGGAUGUCCCCCAGCCAAAGGGGGUUGUGGGGAAAGAGGAAGCCCUUCGUAUGGAGGAAGAGGCUUUAGCAAAAUUGCAAAAGGAGAAGAGACACACUCUUUCAGCUUCAACAUCCUCAUCUUCGUAUGCAACGUCCAUAUCCUCCUCAAAACCAAAACCAUCUAAAUAUACCACUACUGCUCCUCAACCUUCACCCUUUACUAGUAGACCAGAAAGGGACCUCAUUGUCUUCCCAGAGACCAAGAAGCAAGCAGAGCAGGACAAGUUCAGGGAUAUUGAUGUGGACAAGCUGACCAAUGAAGAGCUUGAAAAGCUCCUACUGGAUGAAAACUUUGGGGCUAACAGUAAAGUGUCCCGCCCCUCGUCACUGCUGGGGUUUAACCUCAGUGCCUCUUACCCUGGAGGCCAUCCCUGUAGCUCCUCCCCUUUCCAAGGCAGCCAUUGGACACCUGUUCUGUCCACUCCAUCAAGCUCCAGUGUGUCCACUCCCACGCAUCAGCCCACCCCAAUGUUCCCCUCUGCUCCAUUCCCCAAACCGGGCACAUUUCAAAAUGGCUUCACUCCAACUAUGUCGCCCUUCAUGGCCCUGCCAACGCAGCAGCCAUCCUUCAUGGCCUUUACUCCUAUCCAGCCUGCUACUGCCGCCAUGGUGUUCCCGCAACCAGCUGUGGACCCAGAGAUGGCCAAACUGUUUGACAAGAUUGCCAGCACCUCAGAAUACUUGAAGAAUGGCAGAUCGGCCAGCACUGACCUAGAUUCCUUUCACGUUGGCACAGCUUCUCUGGCACCUAACCCACCACCCCAGCAGGCAGCAGUGAUGGAAUCGUCUAGCAUCAGUCGCUUUGACUGGCUGGAUUUGGACCCCCUUACAAAGCGGAAAGCUGAGAAUGAGGAGGCAUCCGUGGCAUCAGGGGGUGCUACACAGACAGUACCAGGAGUUCCUGCAGGGGAUCCUUGGGAUGCAGUGCUUGAGACUGAAGGGAACACUGAUAGCAGCAGCCCCCCGCUGGAGGUAAAAGCAUCACUAUCAGUUCGCUCACAGCACAGGAGGGCAUCAACAGGAGCUGCUGUCACUAGGAGUCACUCGCUCAACAUCCCAGGGACCUCUUCCCAGCACAAACCAAAUAAUCAGGGCAAGGGAGAAGGAAAAGGUUUGGUGAAGAAUGCCGCCCUGGAGGAACACGAUGCUCAAAACCUGGAGGUUGUCGCCUUCUGUGAAGACAUUGCAACCCUGCGUUCCAAAUUCCCUCAUGGUGACAUGUCCACCAACCCCGGCUUCGUGCUCAGCCCUGUAAUUGCCCAGAGAGAUGGUGGAGGUGACAAUAGCUGUUCUGUCAAGGUUUCUAUUGAAAUCUCUGAAUCUCAGCAGCCGGUAACCUUCACCUGUGACGUGAGUUCUCCAGUGGAGCUGUUGAUCAGCCAGACUCUCUGCUGGGUCCAUGAUGACCUGGACCAGGUUGACUUCUCCAGCCACCUGCUCAAAGUCUGUGGCCAGGAGGAGGUGCUGCAGAAUAAACACAGUCUAGGCAGCCAUGAGUACGUCCAGAACUGCAGGAAGUGGGAGAACGAGAUCACAUUACAACUACUCUCUCACUCCACCAUGAGAAGAGACUUGGCACGCAGUGCGGAAGAUGACAACUCUACAAUAGACUUAGAGAAGCACCUGGGCCAGGUGGAGAGGCCUUUUAAGGAGAAUGUCACCAGACAGGGCCUGGCUGACUAUUUGGAAGGCUAUCACAAUCAAGUCAACAUCUGCCUACAAAAUGAGAGUACCCAAUAUAAGACAGUGGACCGGGUGGUGCAGACUGUGAAGAACCUGUGCUGUGCUCUGGAUGAGGUGGAGACCCAAGCCAUUACAGAGGCCAUCAAAAGGCUGCGACACUCUGUCAAUUUACCCAGGACACGCUCACCAAAGAUGGGGUCCACAUCUUCAGGCCAAUCAACAAAUGGUCACGCCAGUCCCGUGGAGGAGAGCAUGUCCCUGCUAACGCAGGCCGUCUAUGACCUGGGCAAGCUCUAUUUGCGCUCCUUCUGUCCUCCCUCCGCCUCCGUCAGCUUGCCUCCGUUGCCCCAGGCUGCGGACGAGCAAGCUGUGGAGGCGAGGAGCAGCAGAGAAGCUUCCGGCACCACAGACCACCUACAGUUCACCCUGUUUGCCUUGCAUGGCAUCCCGGCCAACUGGGUCAGCAGCUAUGAGAAGUACUUCCUGAUGUGCUCCCUCACCCACAAUGGCAAGAACCUGUUUAAACCAGUCCAGUCCAAGAGAGUGGGCACAUACAAAAGCUUCUUCUACCAUGUCAAAUGGGAUGAACUGAUCAACUUCCCCAUAGCAGUAGCUGUUCUCCCACUGGAGUCCAUACUGAGCCUGACUCUGUUCGGGGUGCUGAACCAGAAUGCCGGCGGCUCCCCAGACUCCAACAAACAGAGGAAAGCUCCAGAGCAGCUGGGCAAAGUCUCUAUGCCGCUGUUUGACUUCAGACGGGUGCUUGCCAGGGGCAGCAGGCUGCUAUGUCUGUGGACAUCUGCCCAGGGAGCUGCUGCUGCUGCUGGCUCUGCAGGCAGCCGCAAGAGGAUGCCCACAGAGAGAAUUAUACUGCAGGUGGACUUCCCCAAGACAGCAGUGGAUGUUUUAUAUGUGGGACCCAAGGAAGCCCCCAGCCCGGAACCCCACACUCUGGAGGAGCUGGACCCAGACCUCCGUCGCAAACUGGAGAAAAUCUGCAGCCGAGCUUCCAAUUUCGGGCUGAAGCGGGCAGAUCAUCAGAUCCUAUGGGACCAUCGGCUCCACUGUCGGAGAGACCACCCCAGCAGCCUGCCUAAGGUGCUGGCCAGUGCGCCCAGCUGGGACUGGGCCAGCAUGGCUCAUGUUCACUCCCUGCUCCACCACUGGCCCCCUCUGCCCCCCGUCACUGCGCUUGAGCUGCUCGACUCAAAGUUUGCAGAUACAGAGGUGAGAAGUGUGGCUGUUAGUUGGAUUGAGAAGAGCAGUGAUGAUGAACUAUCUGGCUACCUGCCACAGCUAGUACAGGCCUUAAAGUUUGAGUGUCACCUAAAGAAUGCCCUUGUCAUGUUCCUGCUGUCCCGAGCACAAGGCAACAUCAACAUCGCCCACUACCUCUGCUGGCUGCUAAAGGACGCUGUGCAGGACCCUGCCUGGGGCCGGCGUUAUGAACGGGUGCUGGGUGCCGUGCUGUGUCUGUGCGGAGCCAAGCUGAGGGCGGAGCUGGAGAAACAGACUCACUUGGUCACCCUGCUGGGAGCCGUGGCCGAGAGGGUCAGGCAGGCCGGGGGGUCCACGCGACAGGUGGCGCUGCAGGAGGGCCUUGAAAACGUUCAGAACUUUUUCCAGAGGAACACCUGCCGACUGCCCCUCAGCCCCAGUCUGGUGGCCAAGGAGCUAAACAUCAAGGCCUGCUCCUUCUUCAACUCCAACGCACUUCCCCUCAAGUUGGCACUGGUCAACGCCGACCCACUGGGAGAAGAGAUCAAUGUCAUGUUCAAGGUUGGGGAAGACCUGAGGCAGGACAUGUUGGCUCUCCAGAUGAUCCGCAUCAUGGACCGCAUCUGGCUGCAGGAGGGGCUGGACCUCCGCAUCGUCAACUUCAAAUGCAUCUCCACUGGCAAAGACAAAGGCAUGGUGGAGCUGGUGCCGUCCUCCGACACCCUGAGAAAGAUCCAGGUGGAGUACGGCGUCACCGGAUCCUUCAAGGACAAACCGCUGGCAGAGUGGCUCCGCAAGUACAACCCUGCUGAGGACGAGUAUGAGAAGGCAUCCGAGAACUUCAUCUACUCAUGUGCUGGAUGCUGCGUUGCAACCUAUGUGCUGGGUAUCUGCGAUCGCCACAAUGACAACAUCAUGCUGCGCUCCACCGGUCACAUGUUCCACAUUGACUUUGGCAAGUUCCUUGGCCACGCCCAGAUGUUUGGCAGCUUCAAAAGGGACCGAGCUCCAUUCGUUCUAACCUCUGACAUGGCGUACGUCAUCAACGGAGGCGAGCGUCCUACCAGCCGUUUCCAGCUGUUUGUAGACUUGUGCUGUCAGGCCUACAACCUCAUCCGCAAGCACUCCGGGCUUUUCCUCAACCUGUUGUCACUGAUGACGUCGUCGGGCCUCCCAGAGCUGACCGGAGCUCAGGAUCUAAAGUAUGUGUUUGAUGCUCUGCAGCCCCACAACACAGACGCUGAGGCAACUAUCUUCUUCACCAGGCUAAUUGAGUCCAGUCUGGGCAGCGUGGCCACCAAGUUCAACUUCUUUAUCCACAACCUUGCCCAGCUACGAUUCUCCGGUCUGCCGGCCAACGACGAGCCCAUUCUGUCCUUCUCCCCCAAGACCUACACCCUGAAACAGGAGGGCCGCAUAAUCCACGCCUCCAUCUUCUCCUUCCAGAAGAGAUACAACCCCGACAAGCAUUAUACGUAUGUGGUGAGGAUCCUGAGGGAAGGUCAGAAUGAGCCCCAGUUUGUCUUCCGCACUUUUGAUGAAUUCCAGGAGCUCCACAACAAAUUGACCAUACUAUUCCCUCUCUGGAAGCUGCCGAGUUUCCCCAACAAAAUGGUGCUCGGUCGCACCCACAUUAAAGAAGUGGCAGCCAAGAGGAAGCUGGAGCUCAACAAUUAUGUCCACAACCUGAUGAGGAGCUCCACAGAGGUCACCCAGUGUGACCUGAUCUACACCUUCUUUCAUCCGAUUGCACGGGAUGACAAGACAGAAGGUUUAGAUGCCACGCCCAAAGCACCAGAGCCUCCGCUGAGUCCCACUUCUGGCCGAGUGGAAGGAGAAGUGAAGCUCUCGAUCUCCUACAGGAACAGCACUCUCUUCAUCAUGGUCAUGCACAUCAGAGAUCUGGUUUCUGAAGAUGGAACAGAUCCCAACCCGUAUGUGAAAACCUACCUGCUUCCAGAUCCACACAAGACUUCCAAACGCAAGACAAAGAUCUCGAGGAAAACCAGGAACCCUACUUUCAAUGAGAUGCUGGUGUACAGUGGCUACAGCAAGGAAACCCUGGGCCUGCGUGAGCUUCAGCUGAGCGUGCUCAGUGCUGAGUCGCUGCGUGAGAACUACUUUCUGGGCGGCAUCACGCUUAGACUCAAAGACUUUGACCUCAGCAAGGAGACGGUCAAGUGGUACAAACUCACCGCCGUCCCCUACUUCUAACCCCCACCUGCCUCUCCCUGAAGCCUGGGAACGGCUCCGCCUCUCCAGACAAAAGCUGCGUUCACGUCAUACGGGAAAGGCGGCAGAUGUGGCCUCGCUUGAAAAUGGUGGUCGCCUCAGCUUUCAGUUCAUAAGAAUCAAGCUUCUGAUCUUGGAGGUCGGGAGAUGGGCCCUCAUUUUUUGGGGAAUCUCUGACCAUCAUCAAAUUUUGAAGUAAUAAGCAGUGAUAGUUUCAUUUCAAAUCUAACAAACCAAACGAACCAUGUUGUAAUUGGUAUUCUUAAGAUCAUCUUCAUGGCAGGACACAGCUGUGCUUGUUGCUGAAAAGCAUUUUUCACUAAGUACGUGCGUCUUGAACAACUGAGCAGUAGCAAGCUGAGUCUGCAGAAUUUCAUCGUGGCAUUCUUACAUUCAUCAUCAUGUUGCCUCAGAGGUUAUUCCCAUAUGACAUGAAUGCAGGAUAAAAACUCCCUCAGACGCACCCACAAAGGCCGACCCAACAGGCCGAUUCACACACCCUGAAAGGGGAGCCUGCUCUCCAUUCUUCACUAUUUUUCUCUCCCUCUUUAACUAAUCAAGAUUGUUUCUGUGACAAGCAAUCUCCACUUAUUUUGUCUCUCUUUUUCCUAAACUAUAACAAAGAGGUGUAAUGUUUUGUACAUUUUGAUAUUAGAGGACCAAAACGGCUUAAUAGCAGAAGAGUAUAUAUAGAUUGACACUUUUAUUUUUUAAGGAAUAGAAAGGGGGUUCAUUUUUACAUUUUCCAUGUUUAUUUUCUAUAUAGACUAAUAGGAGGCAACAGGGUUUCCUGCUCUGCAACAGACACUUCUGGGUAGAGUAGUCCAAAAACACCAGAUUCAAGGAAAUCAACAGUGACCUUAUGAUUCCCCGUGUGCCAAAAUUAAUGAGGAGGAUGGCAAAUCAAACCACUCUCCCCAACAGGGAGCUGAACAGGGUGCCUUUGUUUGUGCUCACAAUCUCUUUUUAACGCUCAACUUGGCCUUAUUGCUAUAUAUAUUUUAUUAACAAUGUGAUAUGUCCUUAUUAGAGAAAAAUCUAUAUUCUGUAAAGCUAUAUCAGUAGUUGUUCCAGAGCAGGUUUGGUGCCAGACCGGCAUCAUAAGGUUUUAUUUUUUAUUUUUUUUUGUAACAGUGGACUGCCACUAAAUGCACACUACCAGGUCUUUCUCUCAUGGUAUUACUUGACUGUUUUUCACAUAGCACACUUUAAAGGGGAAUUUGUAUCAUAAGCUUUGGAACACGCUCUUGUCUGUGCUCUGGAUGAAGCGAGUACGGUUGCCUAAUAACGCUGGUCAUAAGUCAGUUCAGCGUUUCCUUCAGGUGGUUCAAAACCACAAGUCAGACUUUUCGGAAUGCAGUUUAGGAACCCAGUGCAAACUAGAGUCUGGACAUGAGGCUGUUUCAGCUCGGGCAGCAAUACCACACUCUCUCCCGGUCCCUAAUAGUGGUGUAAUGACGCCAUCAUGUGUAAUUGGCCAAGUGGUUAGCAAUAACUUAAACUGCCAGUGAAGUCCAGAUCCAGUCAGGUUUUGUGAUAUCUAAGUGAGAAAAUGCAAACUGAACCCAGAUCAGCACUAAAAAGGCAACUUAAACUUUAAAACAUCUUCAUAAAAAGGGAACAAGAUCCUGAGCAAGAAAUUAGCUGCUUUCCUCUCCACUCGCUAACUAUGAAUCUAAAGUUGUUGUUUAUGUUUAAUAAAGAAAUUAUGAUGAAUUUUUUCUGAAAAGUUUUUUAAGAGAAGACAAUUAUGAUGUAAGAGCAACACUCACACUAUAAAUACUAGUGACUUGAUCCACUCUUUUAGUGACUGUACAAAGAAAGCAAGCAGAGUUUGUAUUAACAUGGCCAGUUAUUUAUUCUUAAUUGGUGACCUGUAACCUGAAUGGAUCAGUGUGUACUGUAAUCCCUCUUUCCUAAAGCAAAUUAAA